AGAGUGACUUAUACUGUGACAGUCACUUACAAUCUUGGCCUAUCUUUUUUACACAGUCCAACCCUGACUGCAACGAAUAGUUUCUAUAUUAUUACAGUAGGUGGCGAUUGUUUGCAUUUUAAACUUUAUUGUUUCCAAAUUGUCAAUGCUCUACGGAUGCGGGAUGUCCCUUAGUGCGUUAUCUAGGUUAUGCGGCUUAAUGUAAAAAAUUCCAAAUACGUUCUCCAUUUACAUAUGUGAAAAGCUUAUUUUGUGUUAAAUUUGUUGAAAUUACUCAAGAAUUUAUUUGUGAAGGUUUAAUACAAUUAAUAUAUAAUCGUGCUGAAUUUGCAGCAAGUCAUUUAGCAGUUUACUGGCUAAGUAAUCUUUUUUGGGGCUGUUUACAAACAUCAUUUCAAAGUGUUCAACAAAAAAGUAUUUAUUAAAGUUUAGGAUAUUAUAUUGAACCGGCACGAUGUAUUCCAUGGUACAUAAAACUGAAAAUGCUCAUGAAGAUAGCAUUUGGACGUGUGCAUGGGGUUGUCCUAAAAAGAAGAAGAGUACACUCAAUGAAAAUGAAGAUUCUCGUGAUUCUAUGCAGUCAAACAAUGAUGAUUCUCAGUAUGUUAUUACUGGAUCUGUCGAUGAUACAGUCAAAGUGUGGGAUUACAAAGAUGGAGGAUUGCAUCUUAAACACAAACUAACUGGACAUUCGUUAGGAGUAGUAUCUGUAGCUACAAACUCUGAUGGCACAAAGUGUGCAUCAAGUUCGCUAGAUUCAAGUUUACGAGUAUGGGAUUUAGAAUCUGGAGAAAAAAUGUACAGUAUAGAAGUAGGUCCAGUAGAUAUAUGGACUGUGUGUUUUUCACCUGACGACAAGUACAUUAUAUCUGGAAGCCAUGCUGGAAAAAUCAAUAUGUUUAAUGCAGAUACAGGAAAACAAGAACAGGUAUUAGAUACAAGAGGCGGUAAAUUUACUCUCAGUGUUGCGUAUAGUCCAGAUGGAAAAUAUAUAGCAAGUGGAGCUAUUGAUGGCAUUAUAAACAUUUUUGAUGUUGCAUAUGGAAAAGUACUGCAAACAUUAGAAGGACAUGCUAUGCCAAUUCGAUCUUUAUGCUUUUCUCCUGACUCACAGCUGUUACUUACUGCUAGUGAUGAUAGUCACAUGAAAUUAUAUGAUAUAAAAGAUGCCAAUGUAGCAGGAACUAUGUCUGGACAUUCUUCAUGGGUUCUAGGAGUAACAUUUGCACCAAAUGGAUCGAAAUUUGCUUCAAGCAGUUCAGAUCAUACUGUCAAAGUAUGGGAGUUAUCGCAAAGACAAUGUUUACACACAUUUCAUGAUCAUACUGAUCAAGUAUGGGGAGUAAAAUACCAUCCAACAAAGAAUAAUUUCCUUAUGUCUGUUGCUGAAGAUAAAGCAAUCAACAUGUAUGAAUAUCCAGAAUAAAUUGAUUAUUGUAAAUAUGUAAAUUAAUACUAUAAUAAAAUUAAUAUGAUAUUUUUUUCAAACAU